AUCGCUGAAUGUUGACAUUUUUCAGGCUUAGUGUACUAAAUACUUAUUCUGAGUGUUCACUUCAGAGCUAAAUAUUUUGAUGGCAUUAGAUUUUUCGAAAUAUUAUAAUGCGCACUCCAUUUUACAGAAGAAACUUUUGUUUCAGGAAUCCAAUGCUGAAACUUCAUUCGAAUGUACUUUAAUUCCUGGUUCUUCAAAGCGGUACGAGAAUCCAGAAUUCAUCGAAUCUUGUCCAGCAAUCCUGGAACCUUCGAAAGACAAAUUCCGAUCAGAGGAAGAGAUCACCAGAAACCUGUUGGAAAUUUUUUCAACUCCACCACCCCUACCUCCGGCUUUUGUUCCAGCACUUAUCGGAAGCUCCAGUAUACGUUCAUUUGAUCUUGGGAUUGUACAACUGAGUAAUGAGGAACAACCGAGAGCAACCACUUGUUGCUCUGCUGUUAUCAAUUACUACAGCAAAUCUGCAAUCGCUUUCAGGAAUUCUAGAGUUUUUUACAUCUUUCAAUUUUUGCUCUCCUUGCUUCCUCUUUCUGCAAUAGCCAUGGGAAUAAAAUUUUCUCAACACUGUUCUUCCUCUUUUCCCGUGCUCACCUUAAUCAUAGGAGCAGUUGGCGCAAUGCUCGUCGGUGUAUGGAUAUCCAUCAAUAUCUUUCAUCAUUCUGGAAAGCGCUGUACGGGUCAGCAAAAAUUCUUGGUCAGAAUGUUGUUUGGACUGCUAGCAAUUCUGUUGUCAAUCGAGAUGUCGCUCUACUUCAGUACUUCGCCGAGCUACGACCCAUCGGACAGGAAGUACUGCAGCAAGACAUUCAUGGAUUACACUUUCUACAAGUACAUUGCGAUUGCUGGAUCUUUGGUUCUUGCAUUCAUAAUCUAUAUUCCUGAUUUCCGCGGCUUUAUCUGCAGCUUCGAAUGCACGACGCCUGUUCUCUAUGACCAAAUAUGAAGUCUUCUCAUCAGGCUUUUAGUCAUGUAAUACGUUUUACUAAAUUUAUAUCAUAGUUUUGACUAUUUUAACUAUUUAUUUAACAGACGACAAUAAAGCAUUCAACACUUUUG